AGCAGGAAGAAGCAAAACCAUGGGCAGUUUUCUGUCAGCCCAAACAAAACCUGCCAAUCUAAAACCGGCUGCCCCGCUCUCUGUAUAUAGUCGGUCUUUAUCUAUCCCGUCAUUCAAUCUAAAUGCACAUCCACCGUCUCCCUCUCUCUCUCUCGCUCUCUCUCUCUCUGUGUAUAUCUUCUUGGUUUAUGUUUGCAAAGGUUCAAGAAGGACCCGUACCAUCUAUCUGGGCAGCUCGGGAAUUGGUGUCUCGUGACGUGACAAACUGAUUCCAAUCUCUCUUUCCUGACUGACGGGGUAUGUUUCCUUUACUACUUCCUUGAAUGUGAAAUACAUGAGUACGUAGGUGAUGAACAAAUUUUUUCGACUUGGCCUUUGUGACCAAUUUUAGUUUUUGAUGGAACCAAAUGGUUUAGGUGGUGGGAUGUUUCCUAAUAUUGGUUCUGGAAUGUUAGGUCUAGAAUUGCCUCUUCAACAACAACAGCCACAACCACAACAACAAAAGAGUCCUGCAAAUCCUCAUCACCUCCGACACCACCAUAUCCAGAUGGUUUCCUAUCCCCAUCAUGAAACCGAUCACAACCCACCACAGUCUCAGCAAUCCGUGAAAUAUCCAACUUAUGCUCCCAAACCCAAGCAAGCCAUAGCUCUUAGUGAUGAGGACGAUGACAACUCUGGGGAUGCCAAAAGAAAAAUGUCACCCUGGCAGAGAAUGAAGUGGACGGACACCAUGGUAAGGCUGCUGAUAAUGGCAGUCUAUUACAUGGGCGACGAAUCCAUGUCUGAAGGGACCGAUCCAACGGGCAACAAGAAGAAGUCUGCAGGCUUGUUACAGAAGAAAGGGAAGUGGAAAUCGGUCUCUCGCGCUAUGAUGGAGAAGGGGUUCUAUGUGUCUCCGCAGCAAUGUGAGGACAAGUUCAAUGACUUGAACAAGAGGUAUAAGAGAGUGAAUGAUAUUCUUGGGAAGGGUACGGCUUGUAAGGUCGUGGAGAAUCAGAGCUUGCUGGAGACAAUGGACUUGUCACCUAAGAUGAAGGAAGAAGUUCGCAAAUUGCUGAAUUCUAAGCACUUGUUCUUCAGGGAAAUGUGUGCUUACCACAAUAGCUGUGGUCAUGGGAGUGCCGGUGGGGCUGGUGGAGGAGCAAGUCAAUCCCCAGAGGUGGCUACCGAGCCAUCUCAUACUCAGCAGCAGCAACAGCAGCAGGCACAACAGCAGCGGUGCUUUCACUCGGCGGAGAAUGCAGGUAUGUGUGCUGAGGGUUCGAAAUUGGUGAAAGGAGGAAAUGGUGAAGAGGAGGAAGAUGAUGAGGAUGAUGAUGAUUCUGAUGAGGACGAGGACGAGGAUGGAGUGGAAAGCGGUUCUAGGGGUCAUAGCGGGCAUGGACAUGAUCAAGACGAGGACGACAAUGAUGAAAAGUCUUCGAGGAAAAGAGCAAGGAAGGGAGUGUUUUUUACGUCCUCGCAGUUAGUGCAGCAACUGAGCAGUGAGGUGGUGAGCGUGCUGCAAGAUGUGGGGAAGAACCCGUGGGAAAAAAAGCAGUGGAUGAGGACCCGUUUGAUACAACUGGAGGAGCAGCAAGUGAGCUACCGAGGCCAAGCUUUUGAGCUAGAGAAACAGCGGUUGAAGUGGGUCAAGUUUAGCAGCAAGAAGGAGAGGGAAAUGGAGAGAGCUAAGCUUGAGAACGAGAGGAGAAGGCUCGAGAAUGAGAGAAUGUCCCUGCUUCUACGCCAGAAAGAGUUGGAGCUGCUUGAUCUUCACCACCAACAGCAGCAACAGCUACAACAUUCUUCGACUAACAAGCGGGGUGAACCAUCCUCCAUUACUGGAUGAAAAUUAAUUGUAUAAUAAUAUAGGUUAAUUGACUCAGUGUAGGUUUAGAGAGCUUAAAAGGUGGCUUUCUUUUUCUUUCGUCUUUACUUCGGCUCAAAUUUGUUGUUAAUUUUGGUAGAGGCUCUCAGCCCCUCAUUCCAAUUUCCAAUUAUAUGUCAUCCUUUAUUUCAGUAGAACCGCCAUGGGCAUUGGGCUGGGCGCUUUAUCA